AUGAAGGUGUCUCGCAUCGGUACCAACUUUCUAAAUGCACUUCAAUACAGAAGAAUGGAUUUUGAGGCGUUCUGUGCAGCUGCACUAAGUGUACAUCAGCUUGAGGCACUUGAUCGUUGGGAACAACAUGCUCAAUGUGCAUAUGAACUUUUCGAGAAGGAUGGAAACAGGGCCAUUGUCAUUGAAGAACUUGCUUCAGAACUUGGGCUUGGUCCCUCCAUUCCAUUACAUGUGGUUCUCCAUGACUGGAUUAGGCACACUGAUGGGAAACUAAGCUUCCUUGGAUUUGUAAAAUUGUUGCACGGUGUGUCCAGCCGGACGUUUGUGAAGCCUUAGUGAAGAUAUGCAGUAGUAUUUAUAUAUGCGUUUUUGCCGAUCGGAAUGGGCAUGUGUUGCAUAAACUUGGUGCACCUAAUGAUUGAUUUUCGAGAUUUGGAGGUCUGGCAAGAUGGUCCUUUAGAAUCCGGUUUCGCAACACCUGGUGAAUUGGAAUGAGCAAUUCAUCAAGAUUAUUAGUUCCCCGACACUGCCGGUGCAAGCUUGGUUACUGGUUUGAAUGCUGCCUUGGUCUUGAGAGUGUAAAGCUGUAGUUAGUUUGCCUCAAUGGCCGAUUACAUAUUUAUUCUUCAACUUGUUUGACGAUGCUGCUUUGUAUACGUUAAAUUAUUCUGUUUGCAAUA